AAGCUUUCCUCCCAGCAGAGAGAAUCAAAUUAAAGUUUCAUUCCAUUCAGCAGUCCCCUUUCACGGGUUUGCCCUUUCUCUCUGGGAUCGAAACCCUCUACCUCUGCUUCUCGCCAAUUCCAAUUCCUCUGGUUUCAUUCUGGUUGUGCAGCCAUGGGAACCGCGACAGCGGGUGGCGACGUGGAAGCAGGCUUCGCGAAGCUUCAAGGCGAGGACUUCGAAUACUACAUGCAGACCUACUCCAUUGUCCUCGGCCGCAACUCCAAGAAAUCUACCGUCGAUGUCGACCUCUCCAGCCUCGGCGGUGGCAUGAACAUCUCGCGCCACCACGCCCGCAUCUUCUACGACUUCGCACGACGCCGUUUCGCCCUCGAAGUCCUCGGCAAAAAUGGUUGCCUCGUCGAGGGCGUUCUCCACCUUCCCGGUAACCCUCCGGUUAAGCUCGAUUCCCAAGAUCUCCUUCAAAUCGGUGAUAAAGAGUUUUACUUCCUCUUGCCGGUUCGUAGUAUCUUGGGUGGACCUCUCGGCCCACGUCACUACCCUAACCAUCCGGGCCCUGGGCCUGUUAUGCCAGGCUCGCAUUAUAAUUACCAUUUGGCCCCUGGGUCUGGUUCCCUUGUGAAGAAGUCUAGGAGGGAUUACUAUGAGGAAGAGUUUGAUGAUGAGGAUGAUGUCGGUGGUGGUGGGAAGAGCAUACGGAGGGAUGGGUAUGAUGGUUAUGGCUAUUCUGGUGCCAAGUCUUCUCUGCCCGGACCUAUGGAUAAGAAAUCUGAAGGCAGAUCUCGAGUGGAUCGAGAUGCUGAUAAUCUUCAGCUUCAGCAGUUGGAAGAAAAGGAUGUAGUAUCAUCUGUAGCUACUGUUCUCUCUGAUCUCUGUGGUCCCGGAGAGUGGAUGCCCAUGGAGAAACUUCAUGCAGAGUUGUUGGAGCAAUAUAGCACUGUUUGGCACCACAGUAGAGUAAGGAGAUAUCUAACGUCAGAAGAUUGGCCUGGUCCUGAAUCUAAAGGGAAGCCUUGGUAUGGCUUGCUUAUGCUAUUAAGGAAGUACCCUGAACAUUUUGUCAUCAAUACAAGGUCCAAGGGCAGAGUCACCCUGGAGUUUGUUUCUCUUGUCUCUCUUCUAUCGUGAACUCAUCAUCAGUAAAGCCCCUGCCUCCCAGAAAAACAAGAAACGGAAAGGAAAGAACAUCAGCAGUUGUAGCUUUUCCUAUAGCUGUGAAUGAACAGAACUACGUUGUCAACUUGGACAUUCUAUUGUGAUAUCUGGUUUAGCACCAAACCUGUAUAAAAUUACACUUAAUGCUACUCUUUUUUGGGUUCAAUGUUACUUCUUUUUCGGUAAAUACUUAGUUACUUCUGAUAUUGGGUAAACGUCACUUUUUCAAACAUCUAUUUACAUAAAGUCAAGGCACUUGGCAAGUCCUUUUCGACUCCUCUCCCUUGUCUUAUAACAAGGUGAAUGUAAAACAAAAAAACAUGAAUUGGAGCGGAUAAUUUGAAAAAAAAAAACAAUGAGUUUGUCGUUUCUGGUUUAUUCACCCAGAUGAAAUUGUAGGAGUUAAAAAGCUGGUUAAAUGUGAGCAAAAUUUGUAUUAAACGGGAAAACUGAGGAAUAAAAAAAAACUAUUUUAUUACUAGGAAAUUUUAAAAAUAAUUCAAUUGAAAUAAUUUGUUUUGAAUUAACAAAGAUUUAAUAUUGAUAUCAAAGUAAAGGGAAAAUGGUAUUAUCAACAUUCAAACUGGUUGAGUGUGUUUAUUAAUUUUAUUUAAAAGUAAGUUUAAAGUGAUCUAAUUUUUGUUCAAAAUUAUAAUAUAUAUAAGGAUUUUUUUAGUGUAAUUUUCAAUUAACUUAUAUUUAACUGUUAGUAAAAUAAUAAAUUAUACUUGUUAGGUAAAUGAAAGAUGUAAUAAACAUAAUUUUAUAGCAUUUUAACGUGAAUUCAAACAAGUGCUUAGAUACAUGCCGCGUAAGGUUUUCCUUGCAAGUGUUUUGGUAUUCCUGUAUUGCUUGCUGGGCCAGGCUCUUUGGUGUUUUGGAUUCUCAGAGUUUGGAAAUGCAAGGCCGCAAAACGAUAGGCACAAAAACAGUGUAAAAGAAAAAGCUCCCUCCCCAGUCGCCCAAUCACCCUCUC